UAUUAGUCACCCACCCCUCUUAUUCCUCUUUUUUUUCUCUCAGAAAAUUCUCCCCCACUCUUCAAGCAAAGCACCUUUCACCUUUUUUUUUUUUUUUUUUCUCAAAGACUCAGCCUUUCUUUUUAACUUUCUCUCUCUUUCGUCCUUUUGGAAUCUGGGAACCUGUGCUUCUUAUUGCUUACAUUGAGAUCUGUUUCAAAGCUAUGGGUUUUUUUGAAGAAACCUGCACUAACUCUAGGACUUCAAAAAAUGGCUUGAUUGCUCUCUAUGCACCAACCUCUACUUCAUCUGCAGAUCUCCAUAGUGAUUACAAUGAUGUAAAAACCAAAUCCUUCUUAACAAAAAUGAUUUGGGAUUUUGGUCUAGCUUGUUUUCUUCCUGAUUAUCAAAGGAAAAACGGUUCAGGAAAGAGUCAGAAAAACAAUGGUGAAAAGAAGCGAAGCAAUUUGGAGCAUAAUAAGGCUUGGUUGUUGGCUGAGUCAGGUGGAGGAGCUGAGUUGACAAGCACUGACCCACAAUCAGUUCACUCGUCUUUCAGGUUUAGUUUUUGUUCUCAAGUUGAACUCGAAGCCAUCACUGCAAAUUCUUUAAGUUCAGCUACUGUUUUGAUGGUGAAUUUGGAUAAUGGGGUUAGUGACGAUAGAGCUAAGGAAUUGAAAUGGAGAAGGAUUGAGUCUCUGGAAAGAAGUAUUUCACCAGUCGCCAAGUCUUUGGUCAGAUUCAGCUAUGGUGAAAUUGUUUCAGCUACUAGAAAUUUUUCCAAAGGGAGGGUUUUGGGGAGAGGAGCAUUGAGCUUUGUUUUUAAAGGCAAAGUUGGACUAUUGAAGACAACUGUGGCUAUUAAGAGGCUGGAUAAAGAAGAUAAGGAAUCUGCAAAGGCCUUUUGCAGAGAGCUGAUGAUUGCUAGUUCUUUGCAUCACCCAAAUAUUGUCCCUCUAUUGGGGUUUUGUAUUGAUCCUGAGGAAGGUUUGUUUUUGGUGUAUAAGUUUGUGUCUGGUGGAAGCUUAGAACGCCAUCUUCAUGAUAAGAAGAAGGGAGCAAAAGGACGACCUUCAACUCUUCCUUGGUCUGUUAGGUAUAAGGUUGCCUUGGGAAUUGCAGAGGCUAUUGCAUAUCUACACAAUGGAACUGAAAGAUGUGUUGUUCAUAGAGACAUCAAGCCCUCUAACAUUCUUCUUUCUUCCAACAAAACACCCAAGUUGUGUGAUUUUGGAUUAGCAACUUGGACAUCUGCACCCUCAAUCCCAUUCCUUUGCAAAACUGUUAAAGGCACAUUUGGGUAUGCUUUCAACAACAGUUUCUCAGAGAAGCUAAAAAUCUUUUUAUGUGCUCUUUGCUUUGGUAAAAUUUAUUAUUUGGUAUGUAGGUAUUUGGCACCUGAGUAUUUUCAACACGGUAAAGUAUCUGAUAAAACCGAUGUUUACGCUUUUGGGGUGGUCUUGUUGGAGCUGAUAACCGGACGCAAACCAAUUGAGUCAAGACGGCCUCCAGGAGAAGAGAAUUUGGUCCUAUGGGCAAAACCUCUAUUGCAUAGAGGAAUGGCAGCCGUCGAAGAAUUACUCGACCCAAGACUCAAAUGUACAUUGAAAAAUUCAACUCAAAUAGCACGAACGAUACAAGCUGCAGCAGCCUGCAUAAGCAAUGAAGAAUCACGAAGGCCAGCCAUCGAUGAAAUUAUCGCGAUAUUGAGAGGUGAAGAAGAACCAUUCUACUCGAUUAGGAAGAAGUCCAAUUUCUCUGGAAUCAUUGAUUGUUACUCUCAAUUGCAACAUUCAAAAAGUGAGAUGAAGAGUCACUUAGCCUUGGCAAUGCUAGGAGUUUCGGAGUUUGAGGAUGACGAUCACCUUUAUUGUCGGUGAAACAUGGAAUUGAUUUUCAUCCAUGGAAAUUUUCACCCACACCCUUUUCUUUGUUGCUUGCUUGACCAGAAAGUUUUAGGCAUUAGAAGAAAAAGAAAAAGAAAAAGUGUUGAAGUGUAAAUAGGAAAAAGGGGUCUGAUGAAAGCUGGUUUGUAUGUACAUACCAUGAUUCCCUCUGCCUCUGUAUUUCUCAUGAAAAACCACUGAUUUUCAUUUGAACGUGUGAUUUUCCAUUAGCGGUGACUGACUAAAUUUGUUCAAUUGCAAUUUCAAGUUGUAAAAUUUUUUGAAACAUUUUCAGGUGAUGUGAUUAAUAAACAA